AUGCGGCGGGUGGUUGCGCUCACACCAACUGGAGCUGUCCAGGGAUCGAGUGGCGAGACCAGCUCCCCGGGAGAUGAGAACGGAUCUUUGUGUGGUCGGCUGGGGACUGAAGAGCUUCCUGGGAAGAAGGUGAUUGAUAUGGCUGCAGGCUCCACCCACUGCCUGGCUCCCACUGAGGACAGCGAGGUCCACAGCUGGGGGAGCAACGACCAGUGCCAGCAUUUUGACACGUUGCGCGUGACCAAGCCAGAACCUGCGGCAUUGCCGGGACUGGACGCCAAACACAUAAUGGGAAUUACCUGUGGGCCGGCCCAGAGCUGUGCUUGGUCAUCGUGCUCUGAGUGGUCCAUUGGCCUCCGUGUCCCUUUUGGGGCAGAUAUUUGCUCAGUGACUUCUGAGCAGCUGGAUCUCCUGCUGCGGCAGGUGAGUGAGGGGAUGGACGGCUCCGUGGACUGGCCCCUGCCUCAGGAGAAAGAGUGCGUGGCCGUGGCAACACUGAAUCUUCCCCGACUUCAGUUGCAUGCUGCCAUUAGUCACCAGGUUGACCCAGAAUUCCUUGGUUUAGGUCUGGACAGCGUCCUCCUGAAUAGCCUGAAGCAGGCAGUUGUGACCCUGGCCAGCAGCGCAGGCAUGCUGAGCACCGUGCAGUCGGCCGCCCAGGCCGUGCUGCAGAGUGGCUGGUCCGUGCUGCUGCCCACUACCGGGAAGCCAGACCGGGCACUCUCUGCUCUCCUGCCCUGCACAGUUUCAGGCAAUGAAGAGAACAUAAGUCCAGGUCAUCAAUUCAUGAUUGAUCUUCUGGUGGGCAGCUUGAUGGCUGAUGGAGGGUUGGAGUCAGCCUUACACGCAGCCAUUACUGCAGAGAUCCAGGUAUGCCAGAAAAGAAGCACAGAAGGAAAAAGAAAUUGAUGAACAGGAAGCGAAUGCCUCAACAUUUCAUAGAAGCAGGACUUCACUGGACAAAGACCUUAUUAAUAUGGGAAUCUGUGAGUCUUCUGGCAAACAGUGUUUGCCUCUGGUUCAGCUCAUACAACAGCUUCUUAGGUAAAUCAUAUUAGCUGUAUUGUAUUGUGUUUUAUUUAUUUACUUUUUUUUUUUUUUUGAGACAGAGUUUAGCUCUUGUUGCCCAGGCCAGAGUGCAGUGGCGCGAUCUUGACUCACGGCAACCUCUGCCUCCCAGGUUCAAGUAAUUCUUCUGCCUCAGCCUCUCGAGCAGCUGGGAUUAUAGGCAUGCGCCACCACGCCCGGCUAAUUUUGUAGUUUUAGUGGAGACGGGGUUUCUUCAUGUUGGUCAGGCUGGUCUUGAACUCCCGACCUCAGGUGAUCCACCCACCUUGGCCUCCCAAAAUGUUGGGAUUACAGGCAUUAGCCACCACGCCUGGCCUAUUUAUGUACUUAUUAAUUUUUUAUUUUAUUUUUUAUUUUUUUUUUGAGACGGAGUCUCUAUCGUCCAGGCUGGAGUGCAGUGUCACGAUCUUGGCUCACUGCAACCUCUGCCUCCUGGGUUCAAGCUAUUCUCCUGCCUCAGCCUCCUGAGUAGCUGGGACUACAGUCGUCUGCAACCACACCUGGCUGAUUUUUGUAUUUUUAGUAGAGACGGGGUUUUACCUUAUUGGUCAGGCUGGUCUCAAACUCCUGACCUCAGGUGAUCCACCUGCCUUGGCCUCUCAAAAUGUUGGGAUUACAGGUGUUAGCCACUGUGCUUGGCCUGUAUUGAAUUUUAAUAGGUGAUUAUUGGUUUUCAUAUUAAGAUAGUGAAAUCUAGCACAAGGAUCUCAUUUGUUUGGUGAUUAAAGGAAUAUUCUGAAAAUUACCUAGUAUAAAUUUUAGGAUAAAGAGCAGGCCCUUUUAAAUAUAGGUGAGAGGAGAAGUUGGAGGGCAUGAUGAUGUUCAAAAGUUUUUCACAGAAGAGAAAUUGGGUGUGCAGUAAACCUGGAAAAAGAUUCUUACUAAUAAGCAGGUGGAUGCAGAUGAAAAUCGUCAUGGAAGGUUAUUUUUAAAACUGGUUGUAUCAUUGCCUCACUUUACAUAUUACAGAGUUAUACAUACUACUUUGUAAGAUAACUUUUCUUUUCAAAACUGAAGUCAAUGUGAAAGAAUGGUGAGCAUUGUUUUGGAAGGCCCAACUAGGAGGAGGUGGGAAGAAGUCAGACUCAGCCUGUGAACAGAAGCUAACCUUGGCAGAAGCCAAAAUGGUCAGACAGUGUUGUUUAAAAGUGAUCAUUCAAGAAGAGUGAAACAGCGAGGUGAUUUGUGAAAGAGAUUUAUUAGAAAAUGUAACACAUUUGUACCUCUGUUUAAUAAAAAUCUGCUUUUUGUCAA